GGAAUUUUGUCUACUUCGCGGUGCUUUCCACCGGCGCCACAAUGCCCCCCGGAGGGCGAGGGGUAGGUGGGGAGUUGAGGAGGUGAAGGCCGCCGUUAUAAGCACUGCCCUCUCUCGAUCCGUCGCUUCCACCCCACCAACCCUUCGCUGCUCUCUCCCUCUCUCUCCCCAACGCUCCCACAGAGAGAGAGAGAGAGACUUGGAGGACUCCGCUUCGGAUUUCUCGCUCGAUCCGCCACCAUGCAGACGGGAACAGGGAAGCCGUCGCCGAUCGAUCUGUUGUCGGCCAUCCUCGAGGGAUCACUUCGAGGAGACGGGUUCCCGCCGGGGGCUGGUGCCGCGGCGAUGAUCGUGGAGGACCGGCAGAUCCUCAUGAUCCUCAGCACCUCGGUCGCCGUGCUCGUCGGGUGCGCGUUGAUCUUCUUCCUGCGGCGAUCGGGCGGCAAGAAGAAGCUCGUGGAACCGCCGAAACCGCUGGCGGUUAGGGUCCUUCCGGCGGCGGAGGCAGACGACGGGAAGAAGAAGGUCAGCGUCUUCUUUGGUACGCAGACCGGGACGGCCGAGGGGUUCGCUAAGGCGCUGGUGGACGAAGCGACAGCCCGAUACAAUAAUGCAUCGUUUAAAGUCGUUGAUUUGGACGAAUAUGCUGCUGACGAUGAUGAAUACGAGGAGAAGAUGAAAAAAGAGACCUUAGCUUUGUUCUUCGUGGCCACAUACGGAGAUGGGGAGCCAACCGAUAAUGCUGCCCGGUUCUACAAAUGGUUUACAGAGGGGAAAGAGAGAGGACUCUGGCUAAAAGAUCUUCAGUUUGCUGUGUUCGGGCUGGGCAACCGGCAAUAUGAGCAUUUCAAUAAGGUCGCUAAGGUGGUUGAUGAGAUGCUCUCUGACCAAGGUGGGAAGCGUAUUAUCCCAUUGGGGCUGGGAGAUGAUGAUCGAUGUAUCGAGGAUGACUUCACUGCAUGGAGGGAACUUCUCUGGCCAGAGUUGGAUCAGUUGCUUCGGGAUGAAAAUGAUGUUUCGGGUGCAAGUACUCCUUACACAGCUGCUAUUCCUGAAUACAGGGUUGUCUUUAUCAAGACUGAAGAUGCUUCAUACCUGGACAAGAGUUGGAGUCUUGCAAAUGGCCAUUCUGUUCAUGAUAUGCAACAUCCAUGCAGGUCUAAUGUGGCUGUGCGGCGGGAGCUUCAUACGCCUGCUUCGGAUCGGUCCUGCACACAUUUGGAGUUUGACAUUGCUGGAACUGGUCUAAGGUAUGAAACAGGAGACCAUGUCGGUGUAUUCACUGAGAAUUGUAUUGAGACUGUAGAGGAGGCUGAAAGGUUGUUGGGGUAUUCACCAGACACAUAUUUCUCAAUUCAUGCUGACAAGGAGGAUGGCACGCCACUUGGACGAGCAUCCUUAUCACCUCCGUUCCCAUCUCCGUGCACCUUAAGAACCGCACUGACCCGAUAUGCUGAUCUUCUAAAUUCUCCCAAGAAGAGUGCAUUGGUUGCCUUAGCUGCACAUGCUUCAGAGCCCAAUGAAGCUGAGCGACUUAGAUUUUUGGCUUCUCCUGUUGGAAAGGAUGAAUACUCUCGAUGGAUUGUUGCUAGCCAGAGGAGUCUCCUAGAAGUCAUGGCUGAAUUCCCCUCUGUGAAGCCUCCACUAGGAGUCUUUUUUGCUGCCAUUGCUCCCCUAUUGCAGCCUAGAUAUUAUUCAAUAUCAUCUUCUCCAAGGAUGGCACCAACUAGGAUCCAUGUGACAUGUGCAUUAGUGGAUGAAAGAAUGCCAACUGGGAGGAUUCACAAAGGUGUCUGUUCAACUUGGAUGAAGAAUUCUGUCCCAUCGGAAGAGAGCCAAGUAUGCAGCUGGGCUCCUAUAUUUGUGAGGCAGUCAAACUUUAAACUGCCUGCUGAUCCUUCUCUGCCUAUAAUCAUGAUUGGCCCUGGCACAGGGUUGGCACCCUUCAGGGGCUUCUUGCAGGAACGGUGGGGACAGAAGGAGGCUGGAAUGCAACUCGGUCGUGCAAUUCUCUUCUUUGGUUGCAGAAACAGCAAAAUGGAUUUCAUAUAUAAGGAUGAGUUGAACAAUUUUGUUGAGACCGGCAUACUCUCUGAGCUGAUUGUUGCUUUAUCUCGUGAAGGUCCAAUCAAGGAAUAUGUGCAGCAUAAAAUGACCGAAAAGGCAUCCGACAUUUGGAAUAUCAUCUCCCAGGGUGGUUAUGUUUAUGUCUGUGGUGAUGCUAAGGGUAUGGCUAGAGAUGUCCACAAAGUUCUUCAUACUAUCUGUCAAGAACAGGGAUCUCUUGAUGGCUCCAAGACAGAGAGUUUGGUGAAGAGUCUGCAAACGGAAGGCAGAUACCUGAGGGAUGUGUGGUGAGAUACCGCCAACCAUGUCACCCACUUCAUCAGCAUCACAAAACUUGUACAAGAAAUGUGGAACCUCCCAAGUCAAAAGGUUCCGAGAGAUUAUUCUUUAGACCUUCCGAUGAGAAUUUUUGUUCAUUUAUUAUACCCGAUCACUAGGCUCAUUUGUUGGGGAAAUAAGUAGUCGAUACUUAGUAGAGAGUGGGAAACAAAGUACAUUUUGGACAAGUUGUGUAAUGAUAAGGACUGGCCUACCUGUGAGAUUAAUGCAAACCCAUACUGGUGAUGUAUACUAUCUUCCACUUUGCGCUUGUGACAUUAGUGAGAUACACUAUUUGUUGGAUUCAGCUACUAUAGUGCUU